GGGAGAAAGCAGGAGUGUGUCAGUGUUGCCGCGACCGCCACCGGGAACGGAUCGCUGCCAUGUCCUGCUACGACGACCCUGCUCGCCUCGCUCGAGACAAAUACCCAAAAUGUGUAACCGAGGAAAUCAAAUAUGGCACAGCGGGCUUCAGAGACAAGGCGGAUAAGUUAGACUUCAUCAUGUAUCGGAUGGGUCUCCUCGCGGGUCUCCGAGCUCGGGAUACAUCAGCUGCAAUUGGUGUUAUGAUCACUGCCUCACACAAUCCCAUACCAGACAAUGGAGUUAAAUUAGUUGAUCCCAUGGGAGAAAUGUUAGCACCAGCCUGGGAAGCACACGCUACCAAGUUGGUCAAUGCAACAGAUGAUGGAAUAGCUGAUGUACUGGAAAAGAUUGUCUGUGAUGCUUGCAUUGAUACGAGCAGGAAAGCAUUAGUAUUUAUUGGCCGAGAUACCAGGCCAAGCAGCAGCCAUUUACGAGAUGCAGUGGCUGCAGGUGUGGCUGCAAUAGGGGGAGAGGUGAAGGAUUUUGGAAUAAUCACCACUCCAGCACUACAUUAUCUUGUUACUUGCCACAAUGAUGGUGGAACGUAUGGUGAAGCAACACUCAAAGGAUAUUACCAGAAAAUAGCUCAGGCCUUUGUUAAGCUACGUUCAUCAAGCACAUCUCAUGGCAACUAUGAUCCAGUAAUACUCUUUGAUGGAGCUAAUGGAGUAGGAGCAAUGGCAAUGGCAGAAUUCCUGAAAUACAUGGAAAACUCUCUUAGUGUUACUAUUUUCAACAAAGGAGAGGGAGUACUUAACCAUAUGUGUGGAGCAGAUUUUGUAAAGGUACAACAAAAAUGGCCUGAGGGUGUACCAAAGACUCAGAAUGUGAGAUGUGUAUCAGUUGAUGGUGAUGCAGAUCGUGUUAUCUACAGUUUCCUCGAUAGUGAAGGAAAAUUCCACAUGCUUGAUGGAGACAAGAUUGCCACAUUGGUUGCAGGUUAUAUGCAGGAGCUGGUAAAAAGCUCAGAGCUGAAACUAAAACUUGGAUUAGUACAGACCGCUUAUGCAAACGGAGCGUCUACUGCCUAUAUCACCGAGAAAUUGGGAGUACCAGUGGCUUGUGCUAAAACUGGUGUGAAACAUUUACAUCAUAUGGCUCAGCAGUUUGACAUUGGAGUUUACUUUGAAGCUAAUGGCCAUGGCACUGUAAUAUUUUCAGCAACUGCAAAAGAGGCUAUUAAUGUAGCUGCAAAAGCAAAUAAUAGCAGUGCUGAAAAGUUACUGCUUGUGUUAAAUGUAAUCAACGAGACUGUUGGAGAUGCUGUAUCGGACAUGCUGCUUGUAGAAAGUGUUCUACAUACUCGAGGGUGGUCUAUCUCAGACUGGAAUGAUGCAUACACAGACCUUCCCAACAGGCAAAUGAAGGUGGUUGUUGCAGAUAGAGCCGUCAUAACUACAGCUGAUGCUGAGAGAGUGUGUGUAACACCAGAGGGUUUGCAAGACACUAUCAACAAAAUUGUCAGUGCAUUUUCAAAAGGUAGAGCUUUUGUACGACCUUCAGGAACAGAGGACAUUGUUCGUAUUUAUGCAGAAGCUUCUACACAAGAAGAAGCAGAUAAUUUAGCAAUUCAAGUUUCUUGUGCAGUGUAUGAACAAGCUGGUGGUAUUGGAGACAGACCUAAAGCUCCUUGCUAAUAGUAUAUUACUAUGCAGAAUGCAUCAUAAUUCUUAUUCUUUCUAAUGGCAGUGACACUUGUUUGGAAAAAAUUAUUUAUAUUUAUAUACAUAUAUACAGUAUAUAAAAUUAUAUGCUGCCAAUAACAUGGAAGCAGCCAAGUCUUGUAUAUACACAGAUCUUGAUCACCAUUUCAAUUUGGCCCCAAGUUUCAAUGAGAUCUGCCCUAUCAUGCCUGGUUUGCAGUGUUGUUAGCCAUGUGGCCUUAAGCGUUCCUGAUACGUGAGAUGACUUGGUUCUGGAAUGGCUUUUGUUGCCCGGUGUUGCACCUUCUACAGAGCAGCAAUAUCCUUCUGAAAAUGAGGUCUCAAUGCUCAGAUACAGUAAUUUAAAUGGGGGACACACCAGAGAUUUUAUACUGUUAAAGCAUUAUCUUCUUUUCCUUAUAGUUUAUAUAUAUAUAUAUAUAUAU